AUGGUGCUGCGCGUGUGCAAGGAAAGCCCCAAUCCUCACCACUCUUGCCACUCACACUCGCCUCUGCCACUGGUCCUCUGUUCCUUCUUCCUCCCCCCCCUUUUUGCCCCUCUCCUCGCCUUUUCCCCUAAACCCUUCCGUCAGAAAGGCAUGGUGCUGCGGGUGUGCAAGGAACGGCCAGAUUCGCACCAUCCGGAAGCAGAGGUUGUGGCCGGGGAGUCCCUAUAUGGAGCUUCGGCAGGAGCCUCGGAAGCAGGCUCGGCAACAGGCUCGGCGGGAGGCUUGGUGCGGCCCGAGCCUGUGCUGCGUCCGGAGGAGCGGGAGCUGUGGGGAGAAGUGGUUCCGGAGCUGGCAGUGGCUCCGGAUCGGAUCGACCUGCUGCAUCAGUUCGUGUCAAGAGUCAUGGCGCCACUCAUUGGAGAAGAGUUCGUGGAGGCAGGGACCACGGUGAGGGUUCCUCGCAGUUUCCUGCAACAGGUAGCAGACCACAUCCGCCCAAGGCGACCACCCUGGCGGCAGGCUCAGGGCGACGUGGACUUGCAGAUAGAAGAGGCGCUGCUGACCACGGUGAGGGUUCCUCGCAGCUUCCUCCAAGAGGUAGCAGACCACAUUAGGCCAAAACGCCCCCCCUGGAGGCAGGCUCAGGGCGACGUGGACCUUCAGAUAGAAGAGGCGCUGCUGGUGACUGAUCUGACUCACCUGCACCUGGAGGACGAGGAGUGGGACGAGGACUGGGAGGAGACGGUGCGGGAGUACGGGCACGGGACCCGCGGGUAUAAUGGCACGACGUUUUGCAUCGAGCUGAAGCCUAAGACCGGGUUCUGCCCCUCCUCCCCUUGCAUCGCGCCGGCCAAUCACGUGAAGACAACUGUCCCGCGCUUCCCCAUGCACCAGCAGCUGAAGCUGUCAGAGGGGGAGGUGGCAGAGAGCAGUGCAUACAACCCUCUAGACCUCUUCUCUUCCUCGCCCCCCCGCGUUCUGUCUGCUCUGAGAACAUUGAUCGAUAACCCGCAGAACAAUCUGAGGAUUUUUGCAGAUGGGAAGUUGCUGUUGGGGGGGCAUAUACACAGGCAGGCGGACAGGGGGAAGGGGAAAAAGAAGAAAGGGAAAGGGGAGAAGGGGGAGAAGGUGGGGGGGGAGGCGCAGGUUGAAAGAGUGAAUUCGGUGGAUUUAGCGGCUAUGAGAAGGGAGGAGAAAGCGCAGGAGGCAGCUUUUGAGGCGCCUCAAAAGUCGGUGGAUUUAGCGGCUAUGAGAAGGGAGGAGAAAGCGCAGGAGGCAGCAGGCUUGGCUGCUGCGGAAGCAGCCCUGGAAGGGUUUGUGCGUGCUUGGAAGGAGGCACCCACCAGUAAUACCAGUGCUGCUGGUAGCGGUGAUGGUGGUGCUUCUGCUGCUGCUGCUGCUGCUGAUGGCUUGCCAGCAGCAGAAUCACCAUCCUCCGUGCCUCAUGUGAGUCACCCUCGGGUGGACGCUCUCUUGUCUCUGGCCACAGAGUGCCUUGUGCAGUGUGGGGCGCUGGAGAAGCUUCUGGCAGCACAGAAGCUGGAUAAGUGGGACAUUGAAGGCACCAUUCAUGCUUAUAACGAGUACAUGAAGCAGAGGAAGUCAACGCCUUCAGCUCCUGCUGCUGCUGCUGGUCCUGGUACUGCUCCUGGUGCCGAGGUUCCAAAGGAGAUAAUGGAAGAUUGCAGGAAGGUUCUUCGCGAUUUCCUCAUCGCAGCGACGGCCAAGGACUGUGGGAUCAUGCUGGCCCUCCGAGCAGCCAUUCCUGGAGAGACCCUGGAAGCUUCACAGAAGCUUCGCAGUGUUGUGUGCCCAUCCAGCGGGUGCAAGUACUUUUACAGGCUUUCAAUAAUGGAUCUGGACAUCAAGCCGUUGCGCAAAAUGCCCAAGUAUUGGAGCAUGGACCAACAAAUCGUCAGGCACUACUGCUCAGUUACGCGAGACGUGGAGGCAUGA